CUCUACUUAACCCUAACAUAAAUUAUGUUUAUUUUUUUGGCAGUCUUCCUAAAAGGGGAGAAAAAACCAAAAAGACCAACCGACUUUUAUGGACCCAGAGACAAGUUAUAGGUUAGUUAAAUCCUUUGUUAUUAACAGUCACUCUCUCCUCUCUUUCUCGGCCUCUAAAUCUUGGCCGCCUGAAACACGUUUGGACGAUUCGGAUGCGCACUCAGGUACCACUUGAAUUAUAUCCUAUUUGCACCCAAAAAUUUGUCGACCGUUCAUAUUGAGCGGAGGCUGACUUCAACAGAGGGAAAGUAACAGAGGGUCGAGAGCAAUAUGUCCGAGGCUUUUCACACCGGCCAUGAAGGCCCAGCUCCUCCGCAUCCACCAGGACAUGAACCGCCGUCGCCGCCUCCGCCGUCUCACGGCCCAACGAUCGUGGGUAGUGAUGGCCACCCUCCUCCGCACCCUGAAAACGUGCACCACCUCCACCACCACCACCACCAGGAGGAGCCACCCCCUCCGCCUCCGCCUCCGGUUCCUGCUGAAGAGCCCCCAGUUAUAACUAUUGACGACCACCUUCCACCACCUGAACACGUGCACCACCAUCAGCCGCCGCCGCAGGAGGAAACUGGUUGUUCUGCUUUCCUGAGAGGCUGGUUUGUGCUCUCUCUUUCUCUCUCAAAUUAGCUACAGUUGUUUGAUAAAAUUGCUAAAAUAGUGUUCUGUUUUCAUCAUCACCUCUGAAUAUUUUUCUGUGCAAAUUGGAAUUUAGCCAAGAUUUUAAAUAGCGGUAACGGUAAUGAGAGUAUCGAAUUAUGAGUAAUCACCCAUGUGGUGGGUGGUUGACACAGAAAUCACUCCCCCCCUAACCCAAGUGUUUGUUCUUACACUAAAGGGGCAGCAAGAAAAGAAUACUUGUGGGGGGGUUUUGUUAUAGCAAAGAGAAAACUCCCUUCUCUCUUGGUCCCUCUUUCCUAAGGCUUACCAUCACAAGGCCUAAGAACUUAGAGUGUGGGUAUAUCAAGAGGUUCUAGUAGUCUCUACUUUUGACGAGUUUGGUUUCGCAAGUGCGUGGGAGGCUUGUAAUCAAGCAACCGAUCUUUUUGGGUUUGUAUAAUUUCCGCUGAAGAGGUUUCUGUAAAUCCCUCUUGGUUUCUAACACAAAUGAUAGGUAGCAAGAAUCAGGUAAUCAAUCCGUCCUGAAUUUCAUAGAAUUAUUUUCAAAGCCAGAGCGCUUAAAUUGGCCGGCAAUAGGCCGUGAAGUAGACCAAAAUAAAUCAUAUACUGUCCGAUGUAUCGCAAAUAAGUUACAGUACUAUAUUUUCAGGCGGAUACCACGUGACAGUCUAUGACUCGGACGAUAAUUUCACCAACCACCCAGUUUUUGGGAAAUAUUUGUUUGUUCAUAGACUUUGAAGUUUGAAUUCAAUUGAGGAGUACCCCUUCUCAUUUGCAUUUGGUUGAUGGAUUAUUAAAGUAGUUUUGGUUACUGCACAAAAUCUCAAGUGGGUUCGUUCAUUUCAAGUGGGUUUUGCGAUAUAAAACGUAGGACCACAUCUUCCGGCCUCCCGUCUCCCGUGUAUGGUACGACACUCAGGAUAUGUGUCGGGCACACCUGAAUACAUCUUUGAUUUUUGCUAAUACAUUUUGCGUAGUUGGACACGUUGAAGACAUAUUAAGAGGUUAUAAAGAAGUUUUGAGAACCAAUAUCAUGAAUACUUGUAUAAUGACUGUUGAUUCGUAUCUUCACAAUUUUUAUAUUAUUGCUGCUUUCUUUAUUUUAUUAAUUUGAGAUAAGAAUGAUACUUUUGAAUUUCCUAUUAAUUCCUAAGAUACAUCUGUAGUAUUAAUAUAUGUGGUACUCAACAUGUUCCUAACGCGUCCAUGUCCUAGUUUUUUUUAAAAAAGAACGUGUCAAGUACUGUGUUUGAGUCAUGUCGGAUCUACGUCCCGUGUCUGUAUGCGUAUUGCGCUUCUUUGCCAGGACAUGCCAUUUCCGCAAUUUGCUAUGGUUCUUGAAUUCCAUGGUCAAAGGAUUGCAUUUGCUAGUUGAAUGAAACGAACAGUCUCUAAAAUUUGGUUUAACUGUUGUUGAUUUUGCAGUUGGGCUGCCCUCUGUGGCCGCUGAGAGGUUUGGAUUUUGAUGAAAUUUCCUCACAUUCUGUCGUUGGCAUCUAUGUUUCUGUUUCUCUGUUUUUUCUGUACAGCCAAAUAUGCUGUGUGUCUCAUUUUUGUUAUAGUUUCCUGUAGAGGUGAGUGACUUAAUUGAACAGUUUGAUUAGUUACGUAUUCCGUUUGUAUUUGUAAAAAAACAGAUUAUCUUCAUCUUUAAGCCAUUCAAUCCCGUUCCGUUA